GGUCGGAGGUUCAAGCCCUCCUUCUAGCGUUGGAUUUUUUUUCCUUUUGCCUUAAGCCCCAAAAGGAAAGAACCUUAAACCCUAGUUCGCAUUUGGCCAUAACUCUAAAUCCACUAUACCCUUUAUCUCCCACACAUACAAACUCUGUAACUGUAAUACUAGAUUUUUGAUGGCGGGUAUGGAUAUUGAUGGGGACGUUGAAGAGUCUGCAAGGCGUAUACAGGUCCGAUUCGUCACCAAGUUGAAAGACCCCUUUAAGGCCCCGCCUUCCUCCAUUGCUAUUCCCUCCAACCUCACCCGAUUUGGCCUCUCUUCCAUUGUCAACAACCUGCUUAAAGCUGGAAAGGAUGACUGGAAUCCUGAGCCUUUUGAUUUUCUCAUUGAUGGAGAACUGGUUCGGAUGUCACUUGAAGAGUUUCUCCUUGCCAAGGGCAUUUCAGCUGAGAAAAUAUUAGAGAUUGAGUACAUUAGAGCUGUGGCUCCAAGGAAACAAGAAGAGCCAUCUUUACAUGACGACUGGGUCAGUGCAGUUGAUGGUUCUAAUUCUAAGUUUGUUUUGACUGGAUGUUAUGAUGGUUUUGGAAGAAUAUGGAAGACUGCCGGAUCUUGUACACAUUUAUUGGAGGGCCAUACUGAUGCAAUUAAUUCUGUUUGUGUUGUCAAACCAAGAGUGUCUCCAAAUGGUGCUGAUCAAAUAGUAGCUACAGCUUCCAAGGAUAGGACACUGCGGCUCUGGAAGUUUGAUUCAGAUGAGUCUUCGGAUCAGAUAAAGAGGAUUAGCGCCUUUAAGAUUUUACGUGGACAUAAUGCUUCUCUCCAAAGUGUUGCAGCAAAUCCUGCUGGAGAUAUGGUGUGUUCAGGGUCCUGGGAUUGCCAAAUAGCUUUGUGGCAAGCUAGUGGCUCAGAUACAGGUGAUGUCAUUUCUGUCAAGAAAAGGAAGAAGGAUGCCGAUGAGGAAGAUCCUCAAGUAGAAGAAGAGGCUAAAUCUACACUUGUAGGACAUUCACAAUGUGUGUCUUCCGUCGUGUGGUCACAAGAUGAAACAAUUUAUUCAUCAUCAUGGGAUCACUCUAUAAGAAGAUGGGAUGUGGAGACGGGCAAGGAUUCAUUGAACCUGUAUUGCAACAAAGUCAUUAAUUGCCUUGAUAUUGGAGGUGAAGGUUCUGCCCUCAUUGCUGCUGGUGGUUCUGACCCUAUUCUUAGGAUAUGGGAUCCUCGCAAACCAGGUACUUUGGCUCCUGUCUAUCAGUUCUCAUCACACAGUUCUUGGAUAUCCGCCUGCAAGUGGCAUGAAAAGUCAUGGUUUCACUUGGUUUCUGCAUCUUAUGAUGGGAAAGUAAUGUUAUGGGACUUAAGAACUGCGUGGCCCCUUGCUGUCAUUGAUACUCACAAUGAUAAGGUAUUGUGUGCGGAUUGGUGGAAAGGUAAAAGUGUAAUCAGUGGUGGGGCUGACUCGAAGCUUUGCAUCUCUUCUGAUGUUUGUGUGUUGUGAUUAGAGAUCUCCCCUGUUGCUGAUGAGGUUGUGCUCCCAAAAGAUGAUGAUAUAUUACCUAUGGAAUCGGUUGGGUCAAGCUGAACUUAAUUUACUUGAGAUACAAUUUUGUCUAUGCUAGCCGGAAAUGAUUUGUAUUGUAUAUUAUUCCUGAGAGGAUAAGUGAACUUAAGCUCAUUUUCUGGGUGCCUAUUGAGCUUCCAAUAGUUUCUGGCAAAUAUUUGUUCAAAGAGAAUUUUCCAGGGAUGUUAUAUGGUCACCUAGAACUGUAUUCGCAUGUUAUUUAAGCUACUAUUAAUACAAUUUAUCUGGAAGUGAUCAUAUGAUUGUUAAAACUUUA